ACGGAUGUUGCACUCAUUCCUUGUGAUUUUCUCUCGUUUAGCUUAUUUUCUACCCAAAAAACUUUCACUGUAUAAUCAUCAUAUGAUACAUUAAAGAGAAAUACUUCUGGUAUGAGUGUCCGAAAAGAGCAUGAUAGAGACGCUUACACUCAGCUAGGAAAAUAUCUCAGUGAGAGACAUUCUGAUCAAUUAUCAACACAAUUAUCUGUAUUUCAAUCUGCUCUUAUCAAUUUUGCUAGUGAACAUGGUGAAGAGAUCACUCGGAAUCCAGAAUUUCGGGCAAAGUUCACCCAAAUGUGUCAGCUGGUUGGGGUGGACCCUCUUGAGCUAUUGAUUUACUCCAACGCCAGUAACAAGUGGACUAAUGUGGAAAAGAAUGAUAAUUUUUAUGUUGGUCUUUCAGUUAGAAUUGUCGAAGUGUGUCAACAGACUCGUGAUGUCAACGGUGGAUUGAUAUCCAUGAAAGAACUAGUAUCUCGGGUUCUGGAGAAUGUUAAUUUGAAGACCUCAAUCACAGAGAAUGAUAUACUGAAAGCAUUGGGUUUACUUGAUACCUUGGGUAAUGGCUAUGAAAUCAUACGGGUAAAUGAUCAUAGUUGGCUUAAGUACGCUUCGGCAUCUUCUGGCGGUAAUAAUGGUAAUAUCUCUAAUGAUCAAAGAAAAGUUCAUGAUUUAUGUGGUUUCAUGGGUGGUUAUGUAACUUACAGAUUAUUACGUGAUAAUUAUGGUUGGGACAAGUUACGUUGUAAAUCGGUAAUUGAUGACAUGAUUAUGAAUGGGUUUCUAUGGGUUGAUGCUCAGGGUCCUAAGGGGAGCUUCCAAUAUUGGGAACCAUCUUGGAUUUCUAAUUAAGAAAGAUAAAAUAACGUUCAAAUCA